CGGCUCGCGCAGUGCAUGCGUGGAAAUGCAUCCUCGGAAGUACAGGCUCAACCUGAAAAAGACAGGAAGCAGAGAAAGCGAUACCCUACUCUUCCUACGGUGGCCUGAAGGAGAAGCGAAGUAGGAGAAUUUAUUAUUUCUGGGACUCACAGUUGCGAUGUCUUUCAAGAGGGAAGGGGACGACUGGAGUCAGCUCAAUGUGCUAAAAAAACGACGGGUUGGAGACUUGCUGGCCAGCUACAUCCCAGAGGAUGAGGCGCUGAUGCUGCGGGAUGGACGCUUUGCGUGUGCCAUUUGCCCCCAUCGCCCAGUACUGGACACCCUGGCCAUGCUGACUGCCCACCGUGCAGGCAAGAAGCAUCUGUCCAGUCUGAAGCUCUUCUAUGGCAAAAAGCAGGCAGGCAAGGAAACAGAGCAAAAUCCAAGGCAGCAGAAAGACCUGAAGACAGAAACCAAAGCUGAGGCGCCUUUGCUAACCCAGACCCGAUUGAUCACGCAGAGUGCUCUGCACAGAGCUCCCCACUAUAACAGCUGCUGCCGGAGGAAACACAGACCGGAAGCCCCUGCUCCCUCUGUCUCCAGUUCUCCUUUGCCAGCCCCAGAGGUUGGACUCCAGAGUGCAAAGAUCAGUAGGGAACCCGAACCUAAGGCAGGAUCGCAUGCCAAAGAGUCAUCUGCUCCCAUGAGCCCCACGAAACGACGAAUCCUGAACCAUUACCUUACCCUUCGAAGCUCGGGAUGGGUCCCAGAUGGACAAGGCCGAUGGAUAAAAGAUGAGAAUGUUGAAUUUGACUCGGAUGAGGAAGAGCCCCCUGAUCUCCCCAUGGACUAACAACCCCUCGCCCCAUUUCUUCCACAGAUAAACUGUAGUUGUUCCUUGUU